AUGUUCUUCCUUUUAGUGUUUGCUUGGUUCUCCCCUCCUACUCCUAUUGAGUCCAGAAUGGUCACAGUAUCUCCUAAGUGUGUCGCCUGGUCGUUCUUGGCCCAGAUUACCUUUGGUAUCGUCAACUUCCUCAUAUCCUAUACCAACGUCCCGGGUGUUGACCCCUGGGCCGUCAUUGGUUGGAUUUGGCUUACUUCUGGUCUCAUCGGAGUCUUUGUGGGGAUCUACUUCUGGUGGAAUCUUGGCGCUAUGUUCUUCACUGACGAGCAAAUGAAGGCUGCCGAGACUUACAAGCAGUUGGACGAUCAGCUGCUCCCUCAAAAGUUGCCUCCCAGCCGCUUGACCUUGAGUGCCAAGGUACUUACUAUCAUCGGAGGUAUGUGCGUUGGCUGGUCCCAGUUGAUGAUGAAGUGGGCCUUUGCCACAGACCCAAAGUCCACAGGUCCCUUGACAGCCGUCAUCUCCUCGGAUAUCAUUGUCGUUGGUGUCUUCUGUCACUUCAUUUACAAUGAGAGGUUGUCGGCUAUGCAAGUCUUUGCCAUUUGCAUCGUCCUCAGCGGUUUGGUGGUCAUGGCUGCAUUUGAUGGUGGUAGCUCCGGCAAGCUCAUGGGCUUCGUCUAUGCCAUCCUUGGUAUGCUGACUUUCGCCGCCAGUCUGUUAUGUAUUCGUCAGAGUUGCAGAGAUGGUAUGGCCGCAUGGUCUGGCUUCAUCGGUCGUAUGGGUGUCAUGUUCUUCAUGGGUCUCAUUGCCAUGCUUUAUACUGUGUUCACCCACUCCUUUUUCCCUGAGGACUGGUCGCUGUGGCCUCAAAUGUACAUCUGGCCUCAGGUUGCUGGUAUCUCUCAGGCCGUUGGUGUGCUAGCUCUGAACUAUGCUCUUAUGUACCCCUCCACUGGUCCCGUCAACGUCAUCGUUGCCUCCAACUCUAUUAUCGUCCUUGCCCUCAACUACUUUCUUUUGGGCCUCAUCCCCACGACUUCAAAACUGGUUGGUAUGUGUGUUGUCAUUUGCGGCGUCUCUCUCAUCAUUCUCUGGCAACCCAAGAAGGCCCAAGAGGAGGAGGAGACCUAUCUGUCCCGUCGUGAUGAGUUUAUCAAGCGUUCGAUUAUGCGCACUGCCAGUUCGGGUGGUAGCCUCAAGGCACGUAUGUCUAAGGUCUUCCCUGGUGAGAAGUCCCCCUUGCCUCCUACUGCCCGCUCGGGUAUUGCCGGCGCAUUUGCCGUUGUAUAAGGUUGGAAUACAACGUGCUAUUACCACUAAUACCAUUGAAUGACUACUAAUGUCUUUUUGAAAUUGGUAUCCAUAUAUCAUGGCUCAUGCUCAAUAGUGAGAUGGGUAGUGGUAUCGGUAGUAUAUGUGCCGCCUGACUGUUUUGCUGAAAUUGAUGCUACUACUAUUGCUUUAGUUGCAACUACGUGUUGUUAACCCCUUAGGGACGUAAGGACCCCCUGAGGACUGUACUGAUAAUUGUCUUGUAACCUUGAUAGUCGGGUAGCAAACUGCACGACAUAAUCCCUUCACCGCUUGGACUCAGCAGUGGUCGAUUAUGAGGGUUGUUUCCCGUUCUCGCCGAAUCUCCAUGUAACUCGUGGUUGUAUCGCUUGAAUGAAUGAUCACUCGUAAGUCGCCCACCUUGCUACUUUUCCGUGGACAGAGUGUAUGUACCUCGUCCCCAUUUACAAGAGAUGAUUUCUCGUA